GAUGUGGUUUGCAAUGAAUGCGAUAAGAAAUUCAAGAAUAACAAGUCUUUAGGCAUACAUAUGGCCCGAAAGCAUAACAUUCGGGGCAAAUGUCAGACCAUUACGUGCUAUAAAUGUGGGCAAAAGGUAUGGAAAUUACGGCUAAGGGAUCACAUGAAAGAAGAGCAUAAUAUUAGCGGCUAUUCCACUGAGAAGAAGAGGGCAGAGCUGUCCUGCACUUGGCCUGACUGUGGCCUCUCAUUCAGAUCCCAAGCGGCUCUCGAUAAGCACUACGGGGGACAUACCGGUGAUCUGCCCUUCAAGUGCCAGUGGCCGGGAUGUGAUCAACAAUACGAUAAACCGUCGCGACUGGACGGACACAUGACAAUGCAUACGGGAGAGAAGCCAUACGAGUGUGAUUGGCCCGAAUGUGGCAAAUCAUUCCGACACUUAUCCACACUUCGAUGCCAUAGUUUUACUCAUAACAGAGACACUCCUCGAAAGCAUGUCUGCUAUUAUCCCGGAUGUGACAAAUCAUUUAUCUGUCCCUCAAAGCUAACGGAACACGUGUUCAGCACCCAUAAGAAGGACGAGAAGCCAUUCAAAUGCCAUCACGAGGGCUGCAAAUCCACGUUCAUAUCCAAGAAGAAUCAGAGACUACUACACGCGUCUACGCGGCCCCGAUUCUGGUGCUCUAUAACGGGGUGUAAGCGCUCUUUUUACGAGCAAAAGGCACUCGAAAAACAUGAACAAAAAAGUCACGUAAAAGAGCCUAAAGUGAAGAAACCCCGCAAGAAAUGGGUGCCUCCGCCCGGCUAUAAACGGUUCGCUUACACCACCAAAAAUGCUCAGUGCGAUUGGCCCGGAUGUGACUAUAAGGCCGAAUACCAGGGCAAAGUGAAUGUGCAUAAAAUGCGUGCCCACACGGGCGAGAAGCCGGUGGCCUGCGGUUGGCCGGGCUGUACGUAUCGCGCCGUUCGCAAGUGCGAGAUCGACAUUCAUAUGCGAAAGCACACGGGAGAGGCGCCCUAUCCGUGCGAACUGCCCAACUGCGGCCGUAGGUUCAAAUCGCAGCGCGCGCUCGACACACAUUGGCAUAAAAACCAUAAUAUGUAAUAACGUAUUUACAUUA